AUAGAGAAAGUUACAUAUGGGGAAAAUCCCAGAACAUAGAGAAUAACGCACAAAGCAUAUAUAUGUAUUUUAUAAGAAGAAUAGGAGAAGUGAUGAUAUGAUCUAACCGAAGGUGAAGAUCAUAACAUUUUUCUCAUCAGUCUUUGACAACGGGGUAAAACCACUACUUCCCCACUGGAACGGAAGUGAAAGUGAUUUUGAAGUGUCCAUGAAGUGAACUAGUAAAGAGAUGGCGGCACUAUCGACAGCGUGUCGUUCGGCGACAGCGACAUCAACUUUCGAAGGCGUUGAUUGUGGUGCUCCCUAUACGAAAUGAGGCGGUGCUUUUCCUCCCUUGACCUUUAGACCAUAAGACAUGAACGUUUAAAUGACGAAAAAAAAUUUUGAAUUCUCCAUAGUCGUUUUUAAAUUUAAACUUAUAUCUGAUAUAUCAAUGAUAUACUCUUGCUUGAGGCAUCAGUCGAAGUUUCAACGAUAUGUUUGCCCUAGAGUUUUUAAGAGGAUAAAAGCGUAUUUUUUCACCUACUUCUGCCUACGCUUUUUUAUGGUAUACUCGACUAAGGAGUUUUGUUUUCUUCUGAUACUUUCCUUUAAUUUUUUGUUUUAACCUAGAGAAUUGUGACUUUUUUUUGAGAUUGAGAUUUCAAUAAUCAAAAACAUAUCUUAAUUGCUCAGAUCUUUAUUUAUUUUUUUACCUUACCAGAUGUUAAUUAGUUUUGAACGAACUUUUAUUUUAUGCUAACUAUAAAGACAUACAGCAAAUUGAACGUAAUCGUUUUUAUUCUAUGUGAACAAAAUGAAAAAAGUCAUACAACAAGAUUUUAUAACGAAAUAGUUGAUAAAUUAGUUUUACAUCAUUCGAAAGUUAACGAUAAUCUAUAUGUUGGUAGUUGUCCAAGAUUAAUUGAACAUAUUGAAUAUAUGAAAAAUCAAUUAAACAUAACAGCUGUUGUAAAUCUUCAAGUAAUAAGUGAUAUUGAAAACAAUUGUAAACAAAUAAUAGCUCAUCGACAACCGCAACCAUUAGGUACCUUAAAAACAGUAGUAAUUCAAGAUAAAGCAUAUGAUGUAUCAAGUGUUCAUGAAUUAAAAUUAGUUUAUGAUCAGCAUCAAAUUAUUUUUACAUGGUUGCCAACAGUUGAUAUGUCAACAAUUGGACGAUUAUUAACAUUUCCGCAAGCGGUUUUAGUAUUAAAAAAUUUAUUGGUGAACAAACAUAGAGUUUAUGUACAUUGUAAUGCAGGUUAG